UUGAAGAUUUCUGGACCGCUUCACUUCGACCGUCCACGACUUUUCUUCCAUCUUUGACUCGCAGUUAAUCAUGGUAUAUGGCUGGCCAUAUCAAAUCUGCUGCUGCGCAGCUGUGAGCGCGCGCUAGGGGCUUUUAUCCGUGUGCCGUGCGUUCUUUGUGACGUCGCUGACAGAUCAAAGGAAUUAGCUUUUGCUUUGAUCCGUCAGCCACAUGACAGGCAGCCAAAACCCAUAAAUAGAGGCUCUCACACAGAAACGUUACUGCUCAUCUGUUUGCAAAUGUUCAACAGUCGGCGUUCUCCAAAACAAGAAAAUUCUCCCGCUGUUCUCUCAAACCCGGAAAAUCAAAUGUCUGAUACAACCAUGUCAACACGCAGCGAAAAUGAAAAUUCGAUUGUGGUCACACCAGAACAGAUUAUGCCACCUAUCACAAGGUGCUUCGAAAGGCUCUCUGGAGGUCAGUGGAGGUUGAUAGAAAAUGGCACAUACGACUCGGGCGUCCUAGCGGUGCUUGCUGAUAUGAUUUGCGAAAUCAUUCAGAUCGCCUCUAGCAGCAUCCUCAAAAAUGCCCUUCCUGAUAUUCAGGAUCGCAUGACGAAGGAAGAUCCAGAGCCUUUAGAUGCGGGGAAAAUAAGCCCGUCCCUCGGAGACUCGAUCUCAGCCGCCAUCGCCAGCGCUCUUAAUGUCCCGAUACAGCAACAUGAGAGCGCUGACGAGCUGACACUGAUGGUUGAGGAAGAGAUCUCCGAAAAGGUCAGCUCAACAGUUGAACUCAUUACAAAAAGCCCCGAUCUCCCGCAAGACCCCGCCGUUUAUGUUAGCGGGAAAUGUAGUAAUAUUAAAAAGCUGCACCGCAUGGUUUGUCACGCUGCCUCGUGCCUUAAAAGGUCUGUAGCGCGUAAGCUGCGCUGCCGGUGUGUAUCAAGCGGGUCUGAUUCCGUGACAGAAAGUACAGAUUCAAAGAUAGUGCAAUCAGCAAUCACAGAGAUUUCUGCGAUUCUGUCAUCAAGCAGCUCAGAUGGAGAGAUGACAGAAAAAGAAGAAAUUGAGCUCCCAGACGAAUCAGCCCUAACAGAACAAGACAAAAUAAAACCAGUUGCAGAGAGCCAAAGUAUCCGAGCUCCAAUGCCAGUAGAAGUGGUUGCAGCUGACAUUGUAAAUGAGAUACUUGGGAACAUGGAUUCAAGCAGUGAAGAGCUCUGUGAGAGGUGUAGCUUACCCAAACCUGCCUUUAAUGCAGGAUUAAUUAUCAACAAGGUGAGAGACCUCUUCUCCAGAUGUUUGCCAUCCACCUCACACUCAGGGCUCAAAGCACGCAAACACCGCUUUUCCAUGUUUGCAAAAAAACAGUUUGAAAAAAUGAAAAAAGAGCUGAGACAAGUAAUAAAGGCAAACAGGAAAUUUUUUGUUUGUCUAAAAAACAUUUUCAAGUUCCACAAGUAUGAAACAGUGUCAUCUGAUGAAAGUAGCCUCUCAGGGUCAGUCCCAGAAACUCGUCCCCAGAGUAAAGAGGCUCAUCGAGCCCCUUCCCAAAACACGCUGCUUCGUUACAUGCGUUCUUCUCCAGCCGACUUUGACGCCAUUAGGUCAGACGUUAACCAGUUGUUUGACAAAUUAACAAAGAAAGAAGAACUCUUCAUCAUCCAUAAAACAUUGGACAACUUUAGAAAUAGUGGGGCAACCAGAGAUUUUACUGUGGAGUUGACGGGAAAAGUAUUUGAUCUACUUAUGACGGAUCGACUGUAUCAAAUCCCCGAACCUCUAAUGGGUAGAUCCCUCUCAGAUACAGUCAUCUCCAGGACUCCACAAAUAGCACCUGGCUCAAAGCGUCCCUUUUCUGCUGAAGUCCUCUACGUCCUCGUAGAAGACGCAGUAGAAAAGUUUUUACAAAAGCUUUUGCUCUGGGUGGAGAACGAAGACCAAGAUCAAAUGAUUGAGGACAAGGUUUCUGUGGUGGUGGAAGACAUUCAGAACUUUAUUAAAAGAACAAGGACCCCAACAAAGGAAACAAGCACAGAUUCAGAUGGCAGUGGAAGAGAAUCUGUUCCAUCACCUGUAACACGAAAAUCUGGGAGCAUUUCCCCAGAAAAAUCCUCUCUGUCACCUGAUCAGUCACCUGUAACACCGAGACCUGGGAGCAUUUCCCCAGAAAAAUCCUCUCUGUCACCUGUAACACCGAGACCUGGGAGCAUUUCCCCAGAAAAAUCCUCUCUGUCACCUGUAACACCGAGACCUGGGAGCAUUUCCCCAGAAAAAUCCUCUCAGUCACCUGUAACACCGAGACCUGGGAGCAUUUCCCCAGAAAAAUCCUCUCAGUCACCUGUAACACCGAGACCUGGGAGCAUUUCCCCAGAAAAAUCCUCUCAGUCACCUGUAACACCGAGACCUGGGAGCAUUUCCCCAGAAAAAUCCUCUCAGUCACCUGUAACACCGAGAACUGGGAGCAUUUCCCCAGAAAAAUCCUCUCUGUCACCUGAUCAGUCACCUGUAACACCGAGACCUUGGAGCAUUUCCCCAGAAAAAUCCUCUCAGUCACCUGUAACACCGAGACCUGGGAGCAUUUCCCCAGAAAACUCCUCUCAGUCACCUGUAACACCGAGAACUGGGAGCAUUUCCCCAGAAAAAUCCUCUCUGUCACCUGUAACACCGAGAACUGGGAGCAUUUCCCCAGAAAAAUCCUCUCUGUCACCUGAUCAGUCACCUGUAACACCGAGACCUUGGAGCAUUUCCCCAGAAAAAUCCUCUCUGUCACCUGAUCAGUCACCUGGAACACCGAGACCUUGGAGCAUUUCCCCAGAAAACUCCUCUCAGUCACCUGUAACACCGAGACCUGGGAGCAUUUCCCCAGAAAAAUCCUCUCAGUCACCUGUAACACCGAGACCUGGGAGCAUUUCCCCAGAAAAAUCCUCUCAGUCACCUGUAACACCGAGACCUGGGAGCAUUUCCCCAGAAAAAUCCUCUCAGUCACCUGUAACACCGAGACCUGGGAGCAUUUCCCCAGAAAAAUCCUCUCAGUCACCUGUAACACCGAGACCUGGGAGCAUUUCCCCAGAAAAAUCCUCUCAGUCACCUGUAACACCGAGACCUGGGAGCAUUUCCCCAGAAAAAUCCUCUCAGUCACCUGUAACACCGAGACCUGAGAGCAUUUCCCCAGAAAAAUCCUCUCAGUCACCUGUAACACCGAGACCUGGGAGCAUUUCCCCAGAAAAAUCCUCUCAGUCACCUGUAACACCGAGACCUGGGAGCAUUUCCCCAGAAAAAUCCUCUCAGUCACCUGUAACACCGAGACCUGGGAGCAUUUCCCCAGAAAAAUCCUCUCAGUCACCUGUAACACCGAGACCUGGGAGCAUUUCCCCAGAAAAAUCCUCUCAGUCACCUGUAACACCGAGACCUGGGAGCAUUUCCCCAGAAAAAUCCUCUCAGUCACCUGUAACACCGAGACCUGGGAGCAUUUCCCCAGAAAAAUCCUCUCAGUCACCUGUAACACCGAGACCUGGGAGCAUUUCCCCAGAAAAAUCCUCUCUGUCACCUGAUCAGUCACCUGUAAAACCGAGACCUGGGAGCAUUUCCCCAGAAAAAUCCUCUCUGUCACCUGUAACACCGAGACCUGGGAGCAUUUCCCCAGAAAAAUCCUCUCUGUCACCUGAUCAGUCACCUGUAAAACCGAGACCUGAGAGCAUUUCCCCAGAAAAAUCCUCUCUGUCACCUGUAACAGCGAGACCUGGGAGCAUUUCUCCCCAAAAAUGCUCUGCUAGCAUUUCACGCUCUCUCAAAGAUUCCUCUGCCAUGUCAGAGAUGCGUUCUGUGUCAGUGUCAUCUUCUGAUGCUGAGAAAAUUUCCGAUGACCUCGCUUUUUUCCUCAUGAUGAGAGUCAUCAAAAAAUCUAAAUCUAAGACCAAAGAGUCUGUGUCUCUCUCAGAAGAACUAGACAUGGUCAUCGACCGUCUGAGAGAUCUGAUACAGCCUGAACUAAGCAGCACAGAGUCUGCCACAAGUCUGACAAAUAACAAGAAAAAGUUCAUCAAGAAACUAGCCAAAUGCCUCAUCAAGGAGUUUGGCUCCCCAGACAAUGUCUUAAAGGCUGCGAUAGCAAAUGAUUCGUCUUUUGAUGAGGCUCUGAUAAAGCAUCUAAAAAUCCGCCUCGGAGUCAUCCCCAGUCCUCCCAAAAAGCCCAAAAGUUUCAGGUUUUUUUCAGCAGUGGGAAAAGUUCUGCGAAAACCCUUUAGGUGGUUCACUAAAGCCAGAGAUGAUUAAAAUGACCAUUCUGGCUUUUCCCCACUGCCCUGCUUCUUUUAAAAUCUUGAAGCAGAAUGUUAGCAACAAAUCCAAAUUUUAACAACUGUAGUUCGCGCCAUGUCGUCUCCUUUUUGAUUUCCAUCCCCCCCCAACCGGUCGCAGCGGAUGGCCGCCCCUUCCUGAGCCUGGUUCCGUUGGAAGUUUCUUCCUGUUAAAGGGAGUUUUUCUUCCCCACAGUCGCCUAGUGCUUGCUCAGAGGGGGAUCAUUUGAUUGUUGGGGUUCUCUGUAGUACUGUAGGGUUUUGACCUUACAGUACAAACAGGGAGGAGACUUUGUGAUUUGGCGCUUGAUUUUUAAAAUAUCUAAUUCGGCAUGAAAUAAAAAAAUCUAAAUUAAAAAUACAUUCCAACUUUGUUUGUGUUU